ACGGCACUUCCGGGUCUGGCCGUGAGGAGACGUUCCUGUGGGCGCAGCAUCCCGAGAUACAAAGAAGACCUCAACAAUGGCCGAUAUCUCCCUCUAUCUCACUAACGUAAAUGUGUCGAUAGGACGGAGCAUGGACGUGGGGCCGAAUCAGAGUCCAAACCCGGCCAACGACUUUGAGAGUGUGGAGCUGGAGGAGCUGGAGAGAGGAGAGCAGCAGAAGGAGAAGACACCCCGGCGCAUCAUCCAUUUCUCCAGUGGUGAGACCAUGGAGGAGUACAGCACCGAUGAGGAGGAUGAGGAGGCAGAGGACAAGGAGCCGGAGAGGAAGGACCUGCUGUCCUCCCCGGUCAAUGCGGUGAGGUCAAAGAUGACCUGGGGGCCUUUCUUCUGGUUCCAUAUGUGGAGAGCAGCAACAUCCACCAUCUCAGCCUGUGACUACCUCGGGGAGAGGAUGGCCUCCCUCUUUGGGAUAACGUCAGCCAAAUAUCAGUAUGCCAUUGAUGAAUACUACAGGAUGAAGAAAGAGAGGGAGGAGGAGAAAGAGGAAAACCGGCUGUCAGAAGAAGCUGAGAGAUCCUUUGAACACCUACAAUCUCAGGAAGAGGUGGACAAGCCAGUCACCGUGACGGACCACAUAGAGGUGGAGGUGGAGGUGACGGCCCCUCACCCCGAUCGGGCAGAGAAUGGAGAUCAGGCAGCUCUGAACACCAUCCGCGUCCCUGCUAUCGUGACAGCAAAUUAACCGUCCCCAGAAAAAGGAGCUUUGCUCCUCAGUGUCUGUUUUUUAAAGAAGGAACACCGUCUUGUUUCACCAGUCUGUUUGGUUUGUGUGUGUGUGACGCGGCUUUAGAUGGGCAGCGCUGCUGUACUGCGAUCGAAUGGCGAGGACAGCAGAGGUGCAGCAGCGCGGCAUUCGAGGAAUUAACUGCUGGAUAACGUGGUAAUGUAUUUUGAUCUUUGAAUAGAUUAAAAUUAACAAGGGGUGUGUUGUGGAAAAAAAAAAAAAGAAAUAUAACUCAACAAAUGUUUAUGUGCCAAUUGAUCUGCUAACAGUUUUCAUUCCAUCGUUUGCCCUUUCAGGGCAGGUUUCCAUUUUGAUAAGUUAUCCCCCCCCCCUCCGUGCUUCCGAUGGACCGGAUAUUGUGCCUAAACCACAGAUCCAGCCGAGACAGUGCAACUACUUGUCUUUGCAGACAUAAAACAGCCUUUAAUUCACUGAGUGCACUCCACGCUGGAUACUGUGUUAUAAAUAGGUUUUAAAGUAACUGCUGUUUUGUCCAGAUCAGGUCCUUCUUGGAACACCUGGCUGCACCAAAGAGCUGGCCGUUUGAACGCCCCUCACAUGCCGAUCGGUCCUCUCUUUCCCCUCUUAAUGUGUAUUAAGCUUGCGUUUCACUAAAUGUCUAUGGAAGCACUGAGCAGAUUUAGUCUGGGUUAUCAGAACGUCUGCAGACCACAGGGGCUGACUGACAUGUUUUAAAAAAGCAAAAAUGCAAUGGAAAUGUGUUUUGGUGAUCUGUGUUGCUCUUCUGAUCUGCCUUUUCUACUAUAAACACAAACAUAGUAGAUGUAAUGUGUAAGCCUUCGGUAAUGGCAGGGAGCAUUCUGACACUAAGUCUGUAUAAAAACAUGCAAACUUACAUUUUUAACUGUUUUUAGUACAAUUUUUUUAUAUUUAUGUAUUUAUUUUACUGAACUGAUUGAGCACUUAAUUUAGGCAUUUUUCUAUAGUUUUAGAUAACACUAUAAUAAACUGUUAAUAAAUUUA